AUGGAGCCACGGCCGGGGGGAAGUGCGGCAGUGGUGGCUGCGGUGGGUAGGGGAGGCCCCCGCCGGGGCAGCCAGGCUGAGAACCAGCAGCACGCACCCCCCCAGGCUCUCCUCCUCCUGCUACUGGGUGCCCAGGGCCAGGCCAGCACUCCCAGCCCCAGGUGUGACUGUGGCCACAACUCCCACAAGAGGAAUGGUCUGGUCUGUUGCAGGGGCUGUCCAGCAGGGCACUACCUGAAGGCCCCCUGCACGGAGGCUUGUGGUGCUGCCACCUGCCUCCCGUGCCCCCAGGGCACCUUCCUGGCCUGGGAGAACCACCAUGAGACCCGCUGUGCACGCUGCCAGGCCUGUGAUGAGCAGGCCCCCCAGGUGGCCCUGAAGAACUGCUCCGCGGUGGCGGACACCCACUGUGGCUGCAAGCCUGGCUGGUUCAUGGAGUGCGUCGUCAGCCGGUGCCUCCACGGCUCUCCCUUCCGCUGCCGCCCGUGCACGGACUGCGGGGCCCUGCAUCGCCACGUGCGGGUGCCCUGUUCCAGCAGAGACACCCAAUGUGGGACCUGCCUGCCUGGCUUCUAUGAAUAUGGGAACAGCUGUGUGUCCUGUCCCACGAGCACCCUUGGGAGCUGUCCUGAGCCCUGUGUGGCUGUCUGUGGCUGGAGGCAGAUGUUCUGGGUCCAGGUGCUACUGGCAGGCCUGGUGGUCCCACUCCUGCUUGGUGCCACCCUGACCUACACGUAUCGCCGCUGCCGGCCUUGCAAGCCCAGAUUUCCUGCAGACAAAGCGGGGACAGAGGCCCUGACCUCCCUGCAGGCCACCCACGUCUCACCCUCCGACAGUGCCCACACCUUUCUGGCACCACCCAGCAGCAGUGAGAAGGUCUGCACCGUCCAGUUGGUAGGCAACAGCUGGACCUCUGGCUCUCCCCAGACCCAGGAGGCUCCCUGCCCGGAGGUGACUUGGUCCUGGGACCAGCUGCCCAGCAGAGCUCUUGGUAAGGGAUUUCAGUGGCCUGAGGCCUUGGCCCCAUUCUCCCAAGUAAAGGUGAGAAGCUGUGGUUUCCUGAAGCACCACUUGCCCACUUCCUAUUCCCUAACUGACCAGGCGAACCUCCCUCUCGGACACUUUUUCUGGGCGACUGCGGCGGCGGGCGCGCUCCAGCUCGCCGGGGCUAGGGAUGCGGGGAUCCAGGGAAAAAGGGUCAAGAAGGGUUCCAGCGCGGGAGGGAAGGGCGGCGCGGCUCCCAGCCCCUCCGCCCGGGCCGGGUAG